AUGAACGCAUAUCACGAGAGAAAGAGCGUUAAGAAGAAGAAGAAAGACAAAAAAACGAAAGAAUACUGCUCAGACAACGAUGAAAAGAAAAAACACAAGGACAAGGAAAACACCGAUCCUGAGGAAGAGGGCAUCUACUUGGAACGGGAAGUGAGGGAGGAGAUCCCAGAGACGGGGGAAGACGACCUCCCAGAUGAAAGGAAAACUAGUCGCAACGCGGCCAACAAAAACAAAACAAAAGACACCAAAAAAGACAGACCCCAAACACAGGAGCUCUCACAGGCAUGCUUGGAAGAGCUACUUAAAACCAUCGGAGAACUUACAAGAACAACAAUCAAGGUGAUGGACGAAAACGCCAAAAUCAAAGCCGAACUCAGCCGAAUCAACGAAAAAACCGAACUCAUAAUCCAAGAGAACCUGCACCUCAGAGAACUCGUCCUGUUGCAAAACAAUGCAAGACUAAACGAGCCAGAGAAAGCGACGACUAAGACGUACUCACAGGCGCUGGGCACGCAAAGCGAUGACAACAACGAAACCCCAAAACAAGACGACAAUGAGCAAGAAAAGAAAUAUACUCUACUGGUAACGACAAAGGGAAGUCAAGAAAAAGACGACCACAUCAGAGUGGGCAACCUCCUGAAGAAAUCGAUCGACCCAGCGGACGUCGGGCUGACUGACGUCCGACUUAAACCGAUUAGGGGAGGACUGGCCAUAACUACCAACUCAAAAGAGGCCAUAGACAAACUGGAAAGGAAAAUCAACGAAACAAAAGACACCAGAGAAAAACUAGAAUACAAAAAACCCAAAGAACGAAAUCCCCAAAUCUCCAUAACACAAGUAGAAAGAGAGCUAACAGAAGAAGAAAUCACGAAGGCAAUCAUACACCAAAACAAAAUCGAAGCAGGAGAGGACGAAAUAAAAAUAAUUCGAACUUUCAGAACAAACAACGGCACGAACACCCAUAUCAUUGAAAUGUCUGCAAACGCAUUCAGACAACUAAAAAACAGGAAAAGGCUACUGAUAGGUUGGACCUCCUGUCCCUUCAGAGAGAAUAUAUAUGUCUCAAGAUGCCUCAACUGCUCAUCAUACGGGCACACACAAAGACUAUGCCAAAACAGAGCGACGUGCUCUGAGUGCGCCGGAGAACACAGACACCAAGAAUGCGAGGUGAUCGCAGUCAAAUGCAAAGCCUGCAGCAACAGCAACGAAAAAUUCAAAUCACAAUUUGACACUAAUCACAAAUUCACAGACCCGAUGUGCCCAACAUAUAAAGCACAAGUCGAAAGAAUCCGACAAAGAACUUCAUACUAAGGGAACAAAAGUCAGAGAGGGGAGAGAGGCGAGAGAACAGAGGACAACACGAUGGAAGAGGGAACAGCUGAAGCGAAAAAAUAUGACACACAUAAAACAAACAACACAUCCAUUAGAAUCACCCAAAUAAACCUAAACCAUUCAUAUACCGCAACAGAACACCUCAAGAAUAAUCAACCACACAUCCAAUCCGAUAUAACAUGCAUACAAGAACCCUACUACUCAAACAAUAAAAUCAUUGGUUUCUCAGUAAAAGACAUAAUCAUCCACAAUAAGGAAAAACCUAGAACAGCAAUAAUAAUACAUAAAAAAAUAUUUGAUAUACACCUAGUAAAGGUUGAUAGGGAUCUAAUAGCUAUAACACUCACUACAAGCAAGGAAAAACUACUACUAAUAAACUCGUAUUCAGCACCCAAAGAAAAUCUAGACUACACACUCGAACAAAUUGAACAAAUUCUUGAAAAGCAUCUAACGACACCAACACUAAUAGUAGGAGACUUCAACUCAAAAAACCCCACAUGGGGAGGAAACAAAAUCGAUGAAAGAGGAGAAAAAAUGGGGGACUUCAUAAUAGAAAAAGACCUACACCUCCUCAACCACCAAGACUCACCACCCACAUUCACAUCGGCAAAUGGAAACAGCUGGAUCGACUUAACACUCUCAACACAUAAUUUAAUACAAAAAAUAAACAACUGGGAAGUCCUAGAUGAAAUUACAGCAAGCGACCACAACUACAUAAACAUAGAUAUAUUUAAAUCAAUAUCCAAAACAGUCAAAAAGCUUACCAAAAAAGGCGAAAUAGGGCUAAUAGAAUCAAUAAGAACAGACAGAACACUAAGCAAAAUCAACGGGAAACAUAUAAAAAACAAAGAAAACCUCGAAGAAAUCAUAAAUGAGACACUAAAGAGAUUAGAACAAAUGUACAAAAAACACUCCAAGAAAAUUAAAGAAUCAACAGGACAAAACCCCUGGUGGACCCCAGAAUUAGACACCGAAAGGAAAAGAGUGAGAGCACAUCGACGACGAUAUCAGAAAUGUCAAAACCAACUAAAAGAAAAUUACAAAAGAUUAUAUGUGGAAGCCCAGAAAACAUAUAAAAACAACAUAAAGAAAGCGAAAACAGAAUCUUGGCAAAACUUCUGCACAGAAGCCACCAAAAAGAAUCUAUUUGACAUUCCAUAUAAAAUAGCACUUAACAAAAUAAAGAGACCUAUAAUAAUCCCCCCUAUAAAAAAAAGCUGACGGAACUAAAUCAACUACCCUCAAGGAAUCAAUUGAAACCAUAAUUAAUAGCCACUUUCCAAAAGACCAACCAGAACAAUAUACAAAACAACAAAGAGAUACUAAAAUAUAUACAGAACAAGCCCCCCAAACCGAAGACGACAAAUCCUUUACACACUCAGAAAUAGAACACAUCAUUAAAAAUACCCCAACUAAGAAGACACCCGGACCAGAUAACUUAACUCCCACAAUUGUAAAAGCAUUAUUCGCUGCACACCCACAACUACUAAUUAAAAUAUUCAAUGGAUGUCUCGAAUACGGAUACUAUCCCAAAAACUGGAAGGAAAGCAAAACAAUUUUAAUUCCUAAACAAUCCAAACCAGAAGACGAAGUUUCAACAUAUCGCCCAAUAUGCAUAAACUCAACAAUCGGAAAAAUCUUAGAAAAACUACUUAAUAAUAGAAUAUACUACUUCCUCUAUACCAACAAACUUCUCAACCCCAAGCAAUACGGAUUUACUCACAGAACAUCAGCCACUAAAGCACUACUAAAGAUAAAAGAAAUAAUCGAAAACAACAAAAGCAACAAUGAAAAAAGUAUAAUCAUAUCAUUAGAUAUAACAAACGCUUUCAAUACAGUCUGGAUCCCGCACGUAUUAAAAAAACUAAAAGAUCAAUCCCUCCCACGAAAUCUCUAUAUAUUACUAAAAGAAAUACUCGAAGAAAGAAAAAUAACUUACAACCUCCAAUCAGGUAAUAUAGAAAUAACAGCACCAAUAGGCAGCCCUCAAGGAUCACCAUUAAGCCCUCUCAUUUGGAACGUCUUUAUAACAAAUCUACUAGAAGAAAGUUUCCCAGAAGGAACACAUAUACAAGCAUUUGCAGACGACAUUACACUCGUAAUUAACGGGAAAACCAGGGCACAGAUAGAGCAAAGAGCCAAUUCAGCAUUAGAGAAAAUAAACAAUUGGAGCAAAACAUAUGGAGUCAAAUUCAAUAAAACCAAAUCGUUGUACACAACCAUCGGAAACAACUAUAAAAAAAGGCCACCCCUAAUCAAACUUGGAGGGCAAAACCUCAAACACACCGAAGAAAUAAAAAUUCUAGGAAUAAUCAUUGACCGAAACCUAUCAUUUAUACCUCAUCUAAACUACCUCAAAGCAAAAACAUAUCAAAACACCAUAAGAUUAGCCGCCUUCUCAGGAAUCAAAUGGGGAAUUAACCAAACUCAAUUUAGAGAAAUCUACGUAAGAUCUAUUGAAAGAUCAAUCACAUAUGCGGCACCAUUCUAUUGGAAAGAGAGAAACAAUUCACACCUACUUAGAAAACUAAAGUCAAUACAAAGAAUCCCAAUGUUAAAAAUAUCAAAAGCUUACAAAACAGUCAGUAAUUCAAGCUUAAACAUAUUAACAAAUCUAAAACCACUAGACUUAAUACUAAAGAAAGAAAUAGCCACCUUCGAAAUUUUUCAAAACAAAAAAAACUACAGUUUCGAUAACAAAGAAUACCUACACACAACCAUUCAACACUCAUUAGACAUAUGGAAAAUUCAUCCGGCAGACACCAUCUCCUUCCCCUUUAAACCGAUCGAAAACAUAAAACAAAUAGAGUUAACCCAAACACUACAAAUCUAUACAGACGGGUCAGUAUCGGGGAAAACAAUAGGAGCUGCAUACAUAAUAUUAGACGAACGAGAAAAAAUACAACACUUAGAAAAAAUCAAACUACCGCCCCACUCAACAAUAUUUGAAGCAGAACUAAUAGCAAUAAAAGCAGCAUUAACAAAAAUUACGACCUACCCCGAAAAAACAAAAUUCGCACUAUUCUCCGACAGCCAAUCAUCCCUUCAGGCCAUUGCGAACGCACACAAUACUAACCCAAUAGUCUAUAAAAUAAAAAAAGCAAUAAAACACAUCAAGGAACUACACGAAAUAAACUUAUACCAUAUAAAAAGUCACACUGAUAUAACAGGUAAUGAUAUCGCAGACAAAUUAGCAAACGAAGCAAGGAAAACUGGGACACCAAUCAACAUUAAAAUUCCCAAAAAUUACAUAAAAAAAGAAAUUGACUCCAAAUUAAUAGAGAUUUGGAACACCCGAUGGAACGAAAAAGAUAGAAAUUCCCCACUAUACAAAUGGAUACCCUCACCACAUAACAUUCCAACUAACUUCCCAGCUAGCCAUUACGAAACACAACUACUAACAAACCAUGGCAAAUUUCCAUUCUACUUUAAAAAAAUUAACAAAACACAAGACGAAAACUGUGCAUGUGGCAAUACAGCUAAAAGCUUUAACCACUAUCUAGAAAAUUGCCCAAUCUCAAAAAACCUUAGAGACAGAUUCUUAAAAUAUUUCCCAACAGGCCUCACAGAUUCAAACAAAACACAAAUAAUAAGCCAUCAAGACGCAUUCAAGAUUUUAGAAGAAAUCGUCAAAACUAUAAAUCAAGUAAAUCAGACAAUAUAAAUACAAUUCAAAUAUAACUGAGAAAGCAUACUUAUAACUUGCAUAGACUAUUUGGGACACCUACCCGACAAUCUUAUUGGCACUCCCUUACUCAUAGGCAACAGCAUCUAAAAACUCGGAAAUUAGGGUUGGGACAAGUAGGCAAAGAAAAAAAAAAAAAAGGGGGAAAUUAGGGUCCAGA